AUGACUGUCAUUGCUGUAGCCGGCGGAACUGGUGGAGUGGGGAAGACCAUCGUGGAAAAAUUGCUGGAAUCCGAAUUCGACGUGGUCGUGUUAUCUCGCAGUGUGAAACAAGACUCUGCUUCACAGAAACCUCAGAAUGUGCAAAUCAACUACGACGAUAUUCCCUCAAUGACACACAAGCUCGAGCAACACAACGUCCACACUAUCAUCUCCGCCAUUGGUCUUCUUUCUGACGAGACAAGCCAGUCCCAGUUAAAUCUGAUUGAAGCAGCAGAGAAAUCAGCAUCGACGAAAAGAUUCAUUCCUAGUGAAUAUUCAUUUGUUCAAACCGAGGAGUAUGUCAGCCAGAUCCAGUUUAGUACUUAUUCCGUGCUGAUGAGUGAUAUUCAACUUACCAGUCUACUCCCAAUCGACCCCAGCAUCCAGUACUGGCUCGAUGCGGCGAAUCGUCUCAAGGCUAGUACCUUGCAAUAUACCAGGGUAAUUCCUGGGUUUUUCAUGGACUAUUGGGGAAUGCCAAAUGUUCAAACUCAUCUCCAGCCCUUUACAUUUGGCAUCGAUAUAGCCAGCGGUACCGCUGCAAUCCCAGGCGAUGGCAACAACGUGAUCUGUAUGACAUACACGAACGACAUGGCUACUUACCUGGUCAAAGCACUUGGUCUUGACCAGUGGCCUGAGUUUACUGUCAUCGUUGGAGAUGAAGUCACCUAUAACCAGAUCCUCGACAUGGCGGAGGAAUUCACCGGCAAGAAAUUCAAAGUCACUUAUGAUAGCCUGGAGAAGGUUAUGUCGGGCGACGUCACUGUUCCGCCUCAGCCAGGGAGCGUGGAUGCCUCGUCGGAUGAACUCAAGGAGACGACUGCUUUGGUGAGCAGGCUUACUGUUAGUAAUGUCUUUAGCUUGCCGGAUGAUCGUCUCAAUGCUCGGUUCCCGGAGGUGAAGCCAAUCACGAUGAGGGAGUUCUUAUACAAGGCCUGGAAAGGAAGCAGUGCAUAA